AUGUCGGCCGCCGUGCCGUUGAUUCUCAAUUUGGUUUCUCUUGUGCCGAUCUUUUACAGACGCCAACAGAAGGGCAAAGCAGUAAGGGACAAUGCAAGUCUUCAACCACUCGUUUGGCUUCUCGUCGUCGAUGUGCUCAUGUCCGCCCAACUCAUCGUCCCAAUCCACAACUUUUUGAUGGAGAAGGGAACGUUCUCGGAAUGGAGCUGUGUUUUCUAUGGAGCAGCUGACAUGACGUUGUCCCUGGUGGAAGUUCUGCUGGCCUGCAUGAUUGCAUUCGACCGAUACAUUGUUACGAUUACACCAAAAUGGGGAAAAUGGAGAUGUCAUUCGAACUAUUUCAAAAUCAUCUUCUUCGCAGCGAUCAUUGUUGGUUUCUGGAGUUUCGUGCCAACUGCUGGAUACGGAAAGUACACAAUCCCGACUCUCUGCCCUCGUUACAUCGCCUUUUUGACUGCCACGUGUCUCGUCUUCUUCCUGAUUCCUGUCUGCAUUGCUUCUUCUCUUUAUUACAGUAUAAUUGAUCAUGUCGACAGCCAAAACUCUUCUGAAGUCCAAUUGGAGAAUGGCGUUCCAAAACCAGAAGUUUGCACAUGGGCGCCCAGAAACCACGUGGCUAAAGUUGGUCUCGGAUGUCUUCUAGUAUCAGUGCUUCCGUUUUUCGCCUACUCGGUUGUCUGUCUCAACCCAAUGAAAUCGGAUUUUCACCAAAUACACUACAUCGUGGUUCCAGUAAUCAUCAGUCGUGUCAGCACUCUUCUCAACCCAAUAUUCUAUGUAUGGCUGAAUCCAGAGAUUAUUCCAAUCAACGAAUUCAUUGCAAAGCGGGCCAAGCCACGCCCACAAAGACCACUGUAUCACACUAUCAACCUGAUUGCCGACGUUCCUGGAAUGUCGUUCCCGAUUCUAACACCAACCAUUCCACGUCGUCAACUUCCAAAGAUCCCACCUCAUCUGGCGUCUCCUUCAAAGCCAAGCCUCAACGAUUUCCUUGAUGAAGACUCAGAUUCUGAACCGAAGGAACACACCCCAAUGCUCUAA